GGUCUCUGUGCUAGUUAACAAUCGAAUGUGUGGAUCACUCCAAAGAGAUACUACUACUAUCUCCUCCAAUCCUAUCUGCACCCCUUAAUUUCCCUCCCCAAAUGCGUGGAAUUGGGGUCUUUGGCGGCACCCCGUCGCACACCGAAGGCUCCGGCUAAGAUCUCCGGUAGUAAGAAGGUAAAGUGUAUGUGCUGGCCUUGCCGUUCCACUGUCCAUCUAUCGCUGAGUCCGUGAAGGUGACCAGGCACGGCCAAGUUGUUCUCGCUGCUUGGAGCUCGGAGAGACCUGUCGCUACACUUCCAUCAAGCGCAAACCUGGUCCCCCGGUUGGUUCCCUCUACACCCCCAAUCCUCGCAGGCCUUCAGGUAAGUCCAAUCUUCGCGCAUGGUUCCAGCAGGAUGACACUGAGGUAUGCUAAUCAUUGGUGUAAACCAUGAGUCUUCAGCCCGCAAGCGUCAUAGCGACCCUCCACCGGAGGAUCCACUCAGCAACGAAUCCUCUUCACCCCGUGUGGCCGCUCAACCAGCGCCAGGCGACGCCCCCCAGCGUGCCAACGACCACAAUUUCCCCCCUGAGCAGCCUUGGGAGGUACUUCGAGAUUGUUCACGAUGCGAAUCCUAUCUUCUCCAAGGAACGCUUCAUUCAUCGUUAUCAACACUCCUUGUGCAGUGAAGAUCUGAUUUCAACCAUAUUGACCAUUACCGCAAAGCUUACUGGCUUUGCUGCACAUGAGGUGACCCCCAGUCUGGAUACUCGUCUAGAUCAACUCCUCCGUUCAAGUAUACUCCAGGAUGAUCUGAUUGGUGACAUCCCAUCACUCGAUCAGUUCCGCAAGGCUUACCUCCUGGCCUUCUAUGAAUUUCAUCAAUUCCCCGGGCACCUGUCUUGGCUGCGCAUGGGUAGAGUAACGCGCAUGGCCUACCGGAUCGGGCUCGACCGCCUGGACCACAUCCGUAUGCUCUAUCCUGACUGGCACGCGGUAAGUGAGACCGAGAUCCAGGAAUGGAAAUCGCUGUGGUGGUGUAUCUACCGCCUUGACGCUUAUUCCAACAUCUCGGCUGGGACCCCAUAUCUGAUUGACGACACCGUGAUCAGCACUUCCUUCAUUCAAAGGCACAUUGAACUGUUCCUUCUUGCCGCCCCUUUAGCCCCGGAGACAUUGCUGCAGAACAUUCACAACAUCACAAUCUCGAUUCUGCGCCAGGCAGGGCUUGAAGGGAUCGGGACGCAAGUUGCCAAAGUUGAGCGUCAGCUGGCUACCGCCCGUUUAGCCCUCCCACCGGGCUGGCUGAACCCACGUCGCAACGCAUUCUGGAACGAGUCCCAUGUUGAUCACCAUGCUCGAACAAUUACCGUUAUGUUUCUACGAAUGGCACAGCUGCUCCUCUCACUGGCCGACCCUGGCCUGCGACAGGGCGACGACUGGCUGGCUAGCUGGCAGCGUGUUCUUGAGGCAUGUCAGGAUAUUGCGUCGGUCGCAGAUCAGUGGGAUAGCUCCUUGUGCCUCACUGUUGACCCAGCAAUCCGCUUGACAAUUUUCACGGCUCUCAUAUUUCUGGACCUUCACAGCAAGACGACCAUCAUGGCAGAGCACAGUCUGAGUUCCGUCAUUGAGCACCACAACAGCAUACUACAUCUUCAACUGAACCAUUUCGGUAACAUCUGGACACUUCCCAGGCUUCUCAAGCUAUCCUUCGAAAGUUUCAGUCAAUCAGUCUCCGGCCCGCUUUCCCAUCGUCACAUUGCUCUGAUUCUGUCGCGGUUCGAGGCGCCGUUACAUCCCCGGUGGCUGCAAUUUCUGUCUUCAGCCAACACGGUCUUGGCAGACUGUCAAUAG